AGUUUUCAUGAAAAAAAAUAAAUAAAUAAAUAAAACGAAACUCCGUUCUUAUUUUUUUUUUGGGUGAUUUUUUUUUUUUGUUUUUUGGGUGAGCAAACACCUCUCCCUUUGGUAGAGAAGAUAAAUUCAUCACUAACACUUUGCUCUUAAAAUGACAAAAAUAAGAACAAAUAAACAUGGGCAUGAGGAAAACAGAACCAAUAUUACAAAGUUACAAAUAUGAAAAAAGACAAAAAGAAAUAUUAUCAUCUUACAAGAGCAACAUGUGAUCCAAGAAAAAUAAAAAAUAAAUUCAUGUGAUCCAAAUGUUAUUAUAAAAUUUUAUUAAUUAUUUUUUAUUUUAUUUUGUUAUUAAUGGUUUGUGGCCCCAUCUCAAUUAUAGAAUGUAGAGUAGAGCCCCCAAUCUCUACUAAGCUGUUCAUCAUCAUUUAGACUUUUCUUUGCUCUGCAAAUUAUUCAUAAAAACAAUCUUCUCUCUCACCACUAACACAGACACACACGCAUAACAUUCCAUUUUCUUCUUCAAAGUUCUAAACUUAGCCUUUUUUUCUUUUCUUCUUUUUUGUUUUUAAUUUCAAGCUCACCCAUUUUCCUAACAAGAAAAAAAAAAAAAAAAAAUUAUAAUUUUUGGACCCUACUUUUUCUUAACCCCACAAUACAAAGAAAACCAAGCCAAACCCAUGACGAUCAAGCUCCAAAAGAGCGAUCUUUAAAAAAAAUAAUAAUAAAAUAAAAACAAAAAAAGUGGCAAACACAGACUCUAACUCUGCUGUUCUUCCACACAAUUCUUCCGAAUGACCAAGUGUUUCAGCUUCACCGAGUCAAAGAAUUGGUGUCACCGAUCCGCUUUCUCCAAAUCGGGGCUCCGAUCCACCAUAACUGACCUCAAAGACGGAACCAUCGUUCACUGUUGGGUUCCCAAAACCAGGAAAGACUCCAAACCCAAUCUCCUACUCAUCCAUGGAUUGGGAGCCAACGCAAUGUGGCAAUGGGGUGAUUUCAUCCGCCAACUAGCUCCCUACUUCAACUUGUAUGUACCGGACCUGGUUUUCUUCGGCGACUCGUACACGACUCGGCCGGAACGGACCGAGUCGUUCCAGGCCGAGUGCUUGAUGCGAGUCAUGGAAGCCAACUCGGUGAGAAGGCUGAGUCUUGUGGGGCUGAGUUAUGGUGGGUUUGUGGGGUACACCAUGGCGGCUAACUAUGCUGAUGUGGUGGAGAAGGUGGUGAUAUGCGCCUCUGGGGUGUGUAUGGAAGAGAAGGACUUGAAAGAGGGUGUGUUUAAGGUCUCGGAUUUGGAAGAGGCAGCGAGUAUUUUGGUGCCCCAAACGCCUGAAAAGCUGAGGGAAUUGGUGGGCUACACUUUCUUCAAACCCCCACCUGUUGGUUUGUUGCCCUCUUGCUUUCUCAAUGAUUUCAUUGAUGCAAUGUGCACAGAAUGCGUUGAAGAGAAAAGAGAUUUGGUUAGGUCUAUUCCCAAAAACAGGAAGCUUUCAGAUCUUCCCAAGAUUCAUCAGCAGCCUACUUUGAUACUCUGGGGAGAAUGUGAUCAGGUGUUCCCAUUGGAGUUGGCUCACAGGUUAAAAAUGCAUUUGGGUGAGAACGCUGUGCUAGUGGUAAUCAAGAAUGCAGGGCAUGCCCUCAAUGUAGAGAAGCCUAAGGAGUUCUACAAGCACUUGAAAUGUUUCCUUCUUGAUUCUCAUCAAGUGUCCCCAAAUAGCCAAUCUCCCAGCCAUCAAAACCACAAAUGAUGAAUGGUGGCUAUGAAAAUAUUACAUUAUUUUCUCUGUGCAGUCUAAUUCAAAUCCUAUUGAGAUCAUUUACCCAAAAAAAUAUAAAUAAAAAUAAAAUGAAGAAAAUUCCAUCGAGAUCAUGUAAUCUUACUUGUCAUCGCAUGAGAGCCCCUGAUUCUAUGUAAGCAUACGUUUUUACUAUGUAGAAUAUUAUACCCUCCAAUAAAUCAAAAAGGAUUUAGUUCUUGUUAA